AAGAUUAAGUUACAAAAAUCACCUUAUUUGAUUGUCUAAAUUUCUACAUAAUUCUGAGUUCAGAAUUAUGCUUGAUUGCAAGCAGGAUAUGUAAAUCUUGCCUAAUAUGCGGGGCAGGAGACAUGAAUCCUGCCAACAACCAAGAUCCCAAGUGAGAUGCAAAUCCUUGCUCAGAUCUCAGGUGGGAUGAAUGAGCACAUCCCAGGUGGGUUAAUAUUCAACAUAAGAUCCUGGGUGGGAUGUAAACAUCAUGCCAAGGAUUUCAGUUGGCCAUGAAAUUCCAAUCAAAAUCUGGGUUUGGAUGUGUAAAUCCUACCUGGGAUCCUGAGUGGGAUGGGCAUUAAUCCUGUCAAGAAUCUUGGGUAGUAUGUGUAAAUCCUGCAUUUAAGCCAGGAUCCUAGGUGGAUUAUCUUUUGAUUGCCAGGUGCAAAUGGUGGGAUCACAUCAAACCCGCGAGGGAUCCUUGGUGGGAUGCGAGAAUUCUGCUUUUUAGGCAAGAUCCCAGGGGUAUUAGCUUUGAUUCCCAUGUGGGAAAUGCAGUUGGCUGGUCCACACUGUGUGGAGGGAUCUCACCAAUCCCACCUGGAUCCUAGUUCAACUUUUUACCUAGGUGUCAGCUUUAAUUGAAAUUUGAGAUCAUUGCCAUCUCAGCCUAGGAUGAAAUAAACCCAGGUACAAUCAAAAUAAAAUUGAAUCAGGCCUGAUUGUUACAAACUUCCAACACAGCAACUAAAAGGUGAAUAUUCCUGUUUCUAGUUGCCAUAAUUGGGCUUGUUAAUUUCCUUAUUUGAAGGCCCAGGUUCUUGUACUUAAACAGUGUUAUUGCUUUAAUUUCACACUGUGCUUAUUUCACAUGAUCUUCAAUUAUUAGGUGUUGAGGCUAUUUGUGUUUGUUUGAUCACUGUUAGUGUCAGCAAAAAUCAUUGGAAUUAAAGGUGCACAGACUGUUCAUGAAGGCAGCAACUUGCAGUUAACUUGUGAAGCCUCGGGGAGACCAGAACCAAACAUCACCUGGGUGAAACAGAUGGCAGGGAACCAAGGAAAUACUGGUGUGCAGGCAGAAGGAAAGGUGCUGACUAUAACAAAAAUCAGCAGGACUGAUUCAGGAACAUACAACUGUACAGCAUACAAUGGUUUUGGUGAACCAGACAGCCAAGCAGUUUAUGUGAAUGUUACUUAUCCAGCCACAAUUAUUGCUAAUAAAUUUCAAACUGAGUAUCUUGUUGGUGUACAGCAAAGUGUAACUCUUACCUGUGAGGCAGAAGGAAACCCUAAACCUGUUCACUCUUGGAUUCCAUGUAAUACAGAACAAGUUUGUGACAAGAAUACUCUCGCUAUUUCACAAGUGCUUAACGAUGCCAGCUAUGCUUGCAGGGCAGUCAAUGUACAUGGACCUGAUAUGAAAACAGCCAUUGUUUAUAUUGCAGGAAAUGUGAUUAACAUAACCAUUGUCAUCACAAGUGAAAACUGCACGGAUGAAAAAUACAACACUGAAUCCUUGCUACUGAGGAAAUUGGAAGAAGAGCUCAAAAGGGCAUUUGCUGGUAAACUUGAUUAUGAAAGAGUGCAGUCAAUGAGUGUAAGGUGUGGAAGUAUAAUAGUUGACCUUGCUCUGAAAUUCAACUCCACCACAAAGGAACAAGAUGUUAUCAUAACACUUAAUGACGCGGUUAAAAAUGGCAAGUUGGGAGACUUCGGUGUUGGUGCUAUAAAAGGAAAGAGGCCUGAUGUGGAACCAUCCAGUGGAGGUGCCCCUGAUGUGGAACCAUCAGGUGGAGGUCGCACUGAUGUGAAAUCAUCAGGUGGAGGUGCCACAUCACCACCUGAGGGGUCCCCUGGUGGUUUCGUUUGCAUUAUUGUUGGUGCAGUGUUUGGAUCAGUUGUUGCACUGGCUGUUGCUGGAUUAUUAGUGUGGUGGGCGAGCAGGAAAAGGAGGCGCAACAGAAAAGGUAUUGAAGAGAUGGCAAUGAGCAGAAGAACAUUUGGAAAUUCAAGUAAUGAAAGGAGAGAAACCACAACAAGUGCCGUCGAAAUGCCAAAACCUUCUCAAAGCCUUUACAUGGCACUGGAUGACAGAACUCGUUUACAAUUGACGGCAGAUGCCAGCCCAAUCAGCAGUGAAGAAAUCAGCAAGUAUGCUUCUCCUAAUCUAUGCACACGCUCCUGGGAGAUUGCUAGAGAACAUGUGACCAUAAUGCAGAUCGUUGGAAAAGGUGCUUUUGGUCAGGUUGCCAAGGCAACAGCCGAUAACUUACAAGGAAGAGCCGAGAAGACACUCGUAGCUGUUAAACUGUUGAAAGAAAACGCCUCUGAAUCAGAGAGAAAAGAUUUGCUAUCUGAACUUGAAAUGAUGAAACAAAUUCAACCUCAUCCUUACGUCAUCAAACUUCUUGGAUGCGUUACCAAAUCUGAGCCACUGUUGGUGUUGAUCGAAUAUGUUCCUUUUGGGGAUCUGCUGGGUUACCUGAGAAGAAGCCGUGGAUUAAAUGAUACUUACUACAGAGACCCGGAUAUCAAACCACAAACGAAUCUGACGUCACAGCAGCUGAUGAAGUUUGCUUGGCAAAUCGCUGAUGGAAUGUCCUAUUUGUCAUCGAUACCAGUUAUUCAUCGAGACCUUGCAGCUCGUAAUGUGUUGGUGGGAGAACAGGAAACGUGCAAAGUGACAGACUUUGGAAUGGCCAGAGAUGUGCAAGAGGACAACAUCUACGAAAGGAAAACCAGGGGGCGUCUCCCUGUGAAAUGGACUGCAAUUGAGGCGUUGCUUUACGGAAAAUAUUCUACAAAGAGUGAUGUUUGGAGCUAUGGAGUUCUCCUCUAUGAGAUUUUCACGAUUGGUGGUUCACCGUAUCCACGAAUGGAUGGAAGAAAAAUUGCAAACUUACUUCAAGAGGGAUACAGAAUGCCUAAACCAAAACAUGUGGAUGAUAAAUUGUAUGGCAUAAUGACAAAUUGUUGGAAAGCCGACCCUAACCUCAGACCAUGUUUUGAAAAUUUGAGGAAAAAACUCAAAGAAAUGGAAAACCAGCACAAGGGUUUGAUAAACUUAAAAAGUUACGACGAUCGACUCUACGUUAAUGUUGACGAUCUAACCGAGUAAGCGAGUGUAAACAGGAAAGGAUUAAGUACUGAAUAUUGCAGCCCUAUGAGAUCUUAUAGAUUUCAAGUUAACCCAUAUUUUUUGGUGAUAAAGCAACUCUUCAAAACAAGCUGUUUAACAGCAAAGCGAGGCGAAGUGCAGCUUUUUGUAUAAUUAUUGAUAGAUAUUUUUAAGCUUUUAGUCUUGAAAGACGAACGAUUUUAUGCAAACGACUUUUAAAAGCUGCCAGCCAAAUUUUUCGCCACGUGUUAUAGCUUUUUAGUAUAAUUGCUGCUGGGAUUGUAGAGAUGCGCGCCCUCUCAUUGGUCAAGGAUUGCGUCAUAUUUCGCUAUAACCACCUCACGCGAGGCAAAUUUUAAAAUGGCUACCUCGCGUUUUGUCAAUGUUACGCAGGAAGGGAUGAACGCGAUAAAAGAAAAUACAACUCUGAAAAGCACAAAGUAUACUGAAAAGUUUGACGUGACGGUUUUCAAAAGAGUGCUAUGAAGUUUUUGUUGUGCUAAGAAUUUGUAAUUUUUUAUUUACAAAACGUAUUUACAACAGACUUCGAAAGCACCUAAGCAGCAAUUGUACGAAAACGGUUUUUCCCCUUGGGCUCAGUAAAGAGUGUUGAGUAAUCCCCUCGAUUUGGUCUCAGGGAUUAUUCAACAAUUCUCUCUUCACCUCCCGCAAAUAAUUGUUAAAUGAAGGGGCUUUUUUAGACAAAACAUGUAUUUUCAUUUAAACUGUGCUUUCAAAUCUGCGCAAUAAAUAUUCCAAUGCUUUCUCACAA